AUGCUCAAGAAGGUGGAUCCAACGAAUAAUGUUUUGGUGUCAUAUUUGCAAUCUAUUGACACAACAGUUGUUACAGGGGUGUUACAUGAAGACGAAGAGAGGAAAAAGUCUAAGAAAUCGAAGAAGACAACUGGUGGGUCUUUGGAAAAAGUGGCGAAGGCAGAAAAGAAGAAGAAAAUUCCAGUGGUCGAAGAGGUAUCUCAAAUUUUAACUUCAGUGGUUGAUACACAAAGAAUCGAAGCGUCUCCAUCGACAGAAAUGAUUCCUUCGAAGACGGGUGGUUUUCGACGGAUCAAAAUAAAACGAAAGUCUCAGAUGGUGAAGAAAACGCAAGUAUCCCAUCAAGGGGUCACAGUUCGGGAAAUUCCAGCUCCGGUAUCUCCAUUAUCUAAAAAACGAAGGGCUGAAGAUUUAGCAAAAUUUUUGAAGAAGAGUCAAAGACUUGAAGAAGUUGAGCAAGUUCCUAAGACACCAGAGAUUACACUUCAAGAAGAAGUGAAGACCAGUUCACCUGUUGUUUCGAAGUCUCUUGAAAGAAGUUCACUACCCCAGGUUACAUCCACUACUGAUUCUCCUACAUUUCAAUUUAUUAUGGAUCAACCAUUCACCACCAUAUUCUCAACUCAAUCAACUGAUCCACCCCAUCCAUCCUCACCUACUGAUGAAACCAUGGCUACUGAUGCUGAAACCGAUAACGAAGGCUUUGGAGGAACAUUCGAAGCUCUUCAUUUUGAUCAAGCUGAAGAAGAUUUCCCUGACCACAUGCUGAUGACUAUGAAGCAGUUUAAGAUUUUGAAUUCGAAAUUGAAUUCUAUCUUGCAAUCCCAAGCAGAUGUGGGCAGUGGUGGAAUUACAAGCAUGGAAGUUGAUUCCUUAAUGAAGGUGAUGGAAGGAAGGGUGAUCUCAAAGGCAUCAGGGUUGAUUAGGGAUUCGGAGAGUCGAGUUCUUGCGAAGGGCUUUAUUGGGCCUAUUAAGCCCACUAGAAUAAUAUUAAGCCCAUUAGAGUCCAUUAAGCUUUAUUGGGCCCACUUGAGCUCACAAGGCCCAUUAGGGUUUCAAGCACCCCCAAACGAAUCAAACUCACAAGGCAAACACACCGCCACCCGACACGGCAGCCGGUGGCGGCAAGAGGCGGCAGCCACCACCCUAAGAAAAGAAAGUCAACCACCCACCAGGCGGUGUACGUUGGCGGUGGUGACACGAGGUGGCAGAACGGACACAUCUUUGCUAGCAGCAGCAGCCAUCAUGGCCGGCAGCCAUGGUGGUUUGUCUUUAGGUCUUCCAGUCCAUCAAUUGUCCAAAUCGACAUCAGCAACCCAAGAGCACCCCUACGCUUGCGAUACAGGACUGAAGCUCACAUGGACCCACCAUUUCAGCGGUGAAGAGUGGCGGCAGUUGCGGAAACAACAUGGAUGGAAGCGUUAG